UGAAAUAAAGAGAGAAAAGAGAGUCCCCUCACCGGACGUUAUAGUGUUAUCUGACAACGAGCCUUCAAGCCCCAGGAUGAAUGGUUUAACAAAAAUAGCAUUAAAAGAGACCAGCGCAGAGGCACUCAUGAAAAGCAGUCCAGAGGAGCGUGAGAGAAUGAUUAAACAACUAAAAGAAGAGUUACGGUUAGAAGAAGCAAAGCUUGUUUUAUUGAAAAAGUUACGGCAAAGUCAAAUCCAGAAGGAGACCACUACUCAGAAGCCUGCUGGUUCCUCUGGGAGUGCUGUGGCCACCCCUCCGCCCUUGGUGCGGGGACCGCAGAGCGUUCCUGCUGGCAAGCCGUCCCUGCAGACCUCUUCUACGCGUCUACCAGGCACUGUUAUUCCUCCUCCCUUGGUCCGUGGAGGGCAGCAGACUUCUUCAAAAUUAGGAACGCAGCAAAGCACGCAGAUAGUAAUGCCACCUCUUGUCAGAGGAGCACAGCAAAUCCACAACAUCCGACAGCACUCCAGCACGGGGCCGCCUCCGCUGCUGCUGGCGCCGCGGGCAUCGGUCCCCAGCGUACAAAUCCAGGGGCAGCGCAUUAUCCAGCAGGGUCUGAUCCGCGUCGCCAACGUUCCCAACACCAGCCUGCUCGUCAAUAUCCCGCAGGCUUCACCAACUUCCAUCAAAGGUACAACCGUGACGUCCGCGCAGGCUAACGCCACCACGACCAGCGCCGCUUCCAUCGGCAACUCCAACGACUCGCCGGCCAGCCGGCAAACCGCCGCCAAGCUCGCCCUGCGGAAGCAGCUGGAGAAGACGCUGUUGGAGAUCCCUCCUCCCAAGCCUCCUGCGCCAGAGAUGAACUUCCUGCCAAGUGCAGCUAAUAACGAAUUUAUUUACUUAGUCGGGUUGGAAGAAGUUGUGCAGAAUUUGCUGGAAACUCAAGGUAAAGUUUCGGUUGCUGUAUCAUCUCGCGAGCCCUAUAUGUGUGCUCAGUGUAAGACUGACUUCACCUGCCGCUGGAGGGAGGAGAAGAACGGAACCAUUAUGUGUGAAACCUGCAUGACAUCGAAUCAGAAAAAAGCCUUGAAAGCUGAGCACACUAACCGACUGAAGGCUGCCUUCGUCAAAGCCCUGCAGCAGGAGCAGGAGAUCGAGCAAAGGAUACUGCAGCAGACGGCGUCUCCUGGACAGACCAAGUCAGACCCCAUCGUGCAGCACCACUCGCUCAAGCAGACUUCUAGCCAGAUGUCUCGAGGUCCUCCUGGAGCUCCGCGAGGAGUGUUGCAUGCAUUUAGCCAGUCACCCAAGUUGCAGAAUGCAUCGUCUGCAGCAGCACUUGGGAGCAGGCCAGGUAAGCAUGCUGAGAGACCUGUCAGCAAGGGCAGCGCUGCCGCCUGGAAGAAGACUCCCAUCAAUACAGGUGGAGCUUUACCCUUCGUUAAUCCUAGUUUACCUGUGCACAAGUCGUCUUCAGCAGUAGACCGCCAGCGUGAGUAUCUCCUGGAUAUGAUUCCCCCACGGUCCAUUCCACAGUCCGCCACGUGGAAAUAAUGCAGAGGAAUGCCCGAGAGGAAGACUUUCCUGUUUCUGCCAUCCUUUUUAUACCACACCACAGUGGAAUCUGCUUUAAUCCCAGCUGGAUAUGCCCCAGGCUUUAUAGGAUGCAAGAAGACCACUCCUCAUCCCAUCGAGUGCUGCUGUCCCUGCUACGAGAACAUGACACCACGGGGGUGGGAAGGACCUCAGCUCACUUGGUUCCCAGAUUCUUAUGAUUGACUGAUGAAGGCUGUCAGGGAAGGGGAAGAAUUUUUUUUUUUUUUUUUUGGCUUUAUGUAUUUAGUUUGGAUUUUUUUGUCACCAGCACAAAAGGAGGAUUAAACGACUCUCUGCCUUCGGUUUCGUUAUUAAUAACUUACCCAUUCACCAGGAACGUGGUGUUCGUUCGCGAUCGAGCACGGAUAUCAGCUCAAGGAGAGAGGAAUUUCAACCCCAUCUUGCAGAUGCAUUUAGUGAGCCGAGUUCACGUUUGCUUUUCUUCCCUGCCCUUCCUCCAGCCAGGAGUCUACAGAUUAUAAUGUUCCGAAAUCUUCUGAUGACGAGCUCAUGAUAAACAAGUGCAAACUCAAAUUCCAGUUGAGUAUGGUUUUUUUCCUAAGGGACUGGCUGCCACCAAAACGCGUCUGUUAGGUGGGAACCAGGGCAGGAGCCUGUCACUUUUGUUGGAUUCUGUUUUGAAUAGACUUUGAACUGUUGGUAGUCUAAAAUCUAAUUUACCGAAUAGACAAACACCUUUGUUCAGUCUUUCUAAUUCAGCGAAGAGCAGUUGGGCCUUUCAUAUGUUCCCAGAGACUUAAAAGUGAAACUGUUU